AUGAGCGAGGGGGAGGGGCACUUCUACAGUGUCCAGGUGGACGACUCCACCUUCACUGUGCUGAGGCGGUACCAGCAGCUCCGAGCCAUUGGGUCCGGGGCCCAGGGCAUCGUGUGCUCAGCCCUGGACGUGGUUCUGGGCAUUCCUAUCGCCGUGAAGAAACUGAGCCGGCCCUUUCAGAACCAGACCCACGCCAAACGGGCCUACAGGGAGCUGGUGCUUCUCAAGUGUGUCAACCAUAAAAAUAUUAUUAGGUUACUGAAUGUCUUCACACCGCAGAAGUCGCUGGAGGAGUUCCAGGACCUGUACCUGGUGAUGGAGCUGAUGGAUGCCAGCCUGUGUCAGGUGAUCCACAUGGACCUGGACCAUGAGAGGAUGUCCUACCUGCUGUACCAGAUCCUGUGCGGCAUCCUGCACCUCCACUCAGCUGGCAUCAUACACAGGGACCUGAAGCCCAGUAACAUCGUGGUGAAGUCGGACUGCACGCUGAAGAUCCUGGACUUCGGCCUGGCCAGGACGGCCUGCACGAACUUCAUGAUGACCCCUUACGUGGUGACGCGGUACUACAGGGCCCCCGAGGUCAUUCUGGGCAUGAAGUACAAGGAGAACGUGGACAUCUGGUCUGUGGGCUGCAUCAUGGGGGAGAUGGUGAAGGGGAGCGUCAUCUUCCAGGGCACAGACCAUAUUGACCAGUGGAACAAGGUGAUCGAGGUUCUGGGCACCCCCUCGCUGGAGUUCAUGAGCCGUCUGAUGGAGACCGUGAGGAACUACGUCAUGAACAAGCCUCAGUUCGCCGGGGUCAGCUUCUCCGAGCUCUUCCCUGAUUGGGCCUUCCCCUCCGAAUCUGACGAGGACAAGAUCAAGACUGGUCAAGCUCGAGACCUGCUGUCCAAAAUGCUGGUCAUCGACCCCGAAAACCGAAUCUCCGUGCAGGACGCCCUUAAUCACCCCUACAUCCACGUGUGGUACGAUCCGGCCGAGGCAGAUGCGCCUCCUCCACAGAUCUCAGACAAGCAGCUGGAGGAGAGGGAGCAUAGCAUUGAACAGUGGAAAGAAUUGAUCUACAAAGAAGUAUUGGAUUGGGAGGAGAGGAACAAGAAUGGCGUGACGAAGGAGGAGUGUUCCGAAGCGGCCGUGAACUGCAGCAGCACGGCCUCCCAGUCCUCCUCGGCCAACGACAUCUCGUCCAUGUCCACGGAGCAGACCCUGGCGUCGGACACGGACAGCAGCAGCGCCGACGCCCUGACCGGCCCGCUGGAGUGAUGGCCCCACCCGCCCCUCUCACUCCCUCCUCACCUCCCUCUCUCCCUCUCUCUCCCUCUCUCCCCUCACCUGUCCAUUCCCAGCAGCCUCCAAGCUAAAUACGCAAAUUCCUGUUUUUUUGUUUUUACCAUUUGUUUUUUUUUCACUCCCAUUUCACACGAGUCUGUUCUCUUUUUACACGUGUGUUUGUGCGCUGUGAAUGGUUCUGACCUGCGUGUCUGAGAGGGAGGGAGGGAGGGAGGACUCGCCACAAAGAAAACCCCAACUUCCUUUGUAUCAUGGUGUGUUUUAAGCUCUUCUGGCUGUGAUCAAUGGGUGCGUUUUUUCCCCCGCUCGUGAGGCACAGAUUUGUGUUGCAGUAGAUACGGCUGUGUGUCUACAGAAGGUUCCGGAUCGGGUCGAUCCCGUCUGUACCGCAGCAGUCUUGAGGCCGUCCAGCUGUUGUUGGGCACCGCUGACGGGUGACCCCGCCCUGCGUAUUUCGCUGCCUCACCCCGUUUUCUGUGUCACCCGAAGCUACACCGCUACACGGCGACAGGUCACCGCUCGGAAACGGGAAACGGCCUAUAGCCAUGUCACAGAGAGCCCUCCGUACAGCUGGCCUCCUGUUCGCCGCACACGUGCGAAACAAACAUCGCCCCUACAGUAAGAGGCGGACCCGCGCUUCACUUCCUUCACUUCAAACCGGCCUCGCCUAUACGCCCGCUUCUGUCAAACGAGUCGAGACGAGCACGAGAAAACAUCUGAAAAGGAUUAUCCCUGUUCAGAGAUGCCUUUUAAUUAGCCGUAGAUAAGCUGCUCGAUGUGCUUCUUAUUAGCCUUCUUACCGGCGUUCCUAAUCCAACAUUUCUGCUGUUGAACAAGGAAAAAUGAACAGUGUUACUGCGAUACACUGGUCUUUUAUUUGGGCCUUACUGGGUAGGUUUCUUUCGUUAAAUAAUAACAUAGGUGUGCGUUUGUGAUCGCUUCUUAGCAGAAACACUGUGUCCCCUGGCCUGAGUGUUAAGGUACAUGUAUUGUACACACGUACAUAUCAUUUUAUUUUACAAAGGAAAAUAUCAUUCAGUAUGAAAAAAAAAAUCUGUUUCUUCAGAGGUACUGAUUGUCAGUAUAUACUGCAUAAAAAGGUAUUAUGAUUUUCAAAAUCGUAUUUACUUUGAAUGCAAAAAAAGGAAACCAAACUUAGUUGUUCGAAAGACGGUGCACUUUGUGAAUGUUGUUGAUGUUUUCAGUCAUUCCAAUAAUAACACUCGAUAGUACUGUAAGUGAGCUAAGAGAGUGAAAGUACUGUAGAAAAUGUUUUAUCACCCCAAAAAAGAAUGCCACCCCUCAGAUAAGUCCCAUGAUGCAACUGCUUCAGAUGUCCAAACUGUUUCUCUCCAUCUGCUGUUUAAUCUGGCCAGUGCAGGUGGCUGUGAUGCACUAGCUGGCUCUCCAGGUGUAAGCUAAACGCAAAGCCCAUCCAUUUCCAUCAGUUUCCCUCUGACUGUGUUUACAUGGGGUGUGGUAGCAGCAUGCUACUUGAUCACAGGCUUGGUACCUGUGGUCAGAAUCCCUUUCAGCCGUCUCUGCGGUCUAUGUGGUCGAAGAAGAGCUGCUGUCAACUGAUCUGAGAUCAGUCGUAUCUGUAGUUGUGUCUUUAAGGAACUGCACUCCACUAAACGGUGGUCAGUUUGGUCCAUCUCAUUUCUCGUAGACCUCUGUGUCAUAGAAUGUUUUUUUGGUUUUUUUGUGUGUGUGUGUAAAAUAGAAAAGAAUUAUCUUGUUACAUGUUUGAUGUUUUCCGAGUAUGGUUAUCUCAUGCUUCCAGUGAUUGUUGCAGUCCCUUUGUAUUCACCUAAAUUCUUGAAGCGGGGGGAGAGAGGAAGACCAAAGAACUGCUGAAAACACGUGAACACGGACGUCUCCUGAAUGUCCCCAUGAGCUCAGAACAGAACUUCCGGAAGUUUCCGUUGGGACGGAACUGUGCGGCUGCCUUGGACUCGGAUUGGACUGGAUUGGGCUGGGCUUUUCUUUUCAGAGCGGUUACCCGGGCAACCGUUCAACCCUACAUGCAUCUAUCAUGCCUUAAGAGACUGAUGGAGUGUCUGUGUGUGUGAGGGAAGCUGGAAGUGUGUGUGUGUGUGUGUGUGUGUGUGUGUGUGUGUGUGUGUGUGUGUGUGUGUAAUGCUCGUAGGUUUUACCUAGAGUUGUUUUUACCAUGUUGCACUGUUGUUUUUCCUUCAAGUGCUUAUCUUCACAUCUUUUAUUUUUUUACUUUCUGGUCCCAAAUUGUGACCCUGAAAUAAGUGUUGUAUUGUGAGUGACAUUCUGCGUGUGUUUGCACAUAUGUGUGUGUAUUUGUUGGGGCAAUUGUGCCUGUGUGUCUGUGUUUGCGUGUGUGUGUGUGUAUAUAUAUGCGUGUGAGUGUGUGUGUGUGUAUGCAUGUGUGUACACGUGAGUGUGUGAGUGUGUGUGUAUAUGCGUGUGUGUUGGGGGCUUGUGGCUCGUGUUCAACAUUAACAUCCUCUGCUGCUCUCUGAGGAGCAUGCACAGUAAAAUAUUAAUACACAUCUGCAAAUUUAAGAGCCACUUCAUUCCUGUUAAUGAAAACUUGAACUUAGUCUUAGAAAUCACACAUUUGUUUCUGUCUUAGACUAAGUCUCACUAAGUCUCAGUUGUUGUGGUCCUGGGAUCUCUAAUUUACUGUUGUCCUACUCUAAGCUCAUUAAUUCUGUGUUGUCGUAGUGUUGUUCUCACUAAUUUACUGUUUUCAUGGUCUUGAACUCACUAAUUUACUGUGCUAAUGUCCCCAAGGUUGUUCUCAUUUAAAGCUAACUCACUGUUUAAAACAUUUCCAUCUUAAGGGAGUGUGUCUCUCAAAAAAUGGUCAUGCUUUUGGGAGAGGGAAGGUGAUCCUUUCUUAAAUAUGUCUCUGAGAAAGAACAGUGUGUUUGUUUGGGAGGGGCUAGGAUGUGUUUUAAAUGAGUGGGAGAAUGUCAUAUGUUUCAGAGUGGGGGAGGUAGGUUGUUUAAAAGUAUUUUUUAUGAGAGAGAAGAGGAUUCAUUUGGAGGGAGGGGUGCUUUAAUUUGUCUGCAUCAGUGAGCAGGUGGGUGAGAACCUUUGGAAUGAGGACCUUUGGAAUGUUUUUCGGAGAAUUCCUAACUUCUCCUCAUAUGACCUGUCCAUAAGCUGUCAGAAAGCAUUACCUCACUGGAAGAUCUAAGGAGUGUGCUCCCACUUAGCGAGGCUUACCUCUCUCCCAUCAUGCUUUGGUGCUAAAAUGACUGUGUUGAGGUAAUCUCAGCCUUCAUGUCAUAGCAGCAAGAACUGGACAUACACUGUGUCAAGUAAUACGUUGGCCAAUACAGCCAAACUGCAUUUCUGACAUCUUAUGUCUGUACUGCAUGUGUGUGUUUGUGUGCAAAUGUGAAAGCGUGUGUGUGUAGAUUAAAAUAUUGACAGUGUAUGCCGUAUAGACAUACUAUAUAAGAACUGUCUAUUUCCAAUAUCGUAUGUCUAUUGCCUCUAUGUGUGUGUGUGUGUGUGUGUGUGUGUGUAUAAACACGUGAAAGCACACCAUUUUGUCUCUGCGUGUGUGUGCGUGUUUUGGCACAGCCCCAACACUCCCCCUGGUGGACCCGUCAGGGAACACGCGUUAUCGCUCUGGUUUUUCCCCCACCCUUCUCAUUCUCUUCCCUCUGGAGCGAAGGUUUGGAGGUCAUGGUCAUUUCACAACCACAGAACAAGAUGAACUUAGACUGUGUGUGUAUGUGUGUAGGAAAGAAGAAAAUUAAAAUCUGAGAAAUAAAUGCUUGAACAGAGUUUCGGGAAAAAAAUACUUUCUUUGGUUAUUUUAUUUCAUUAAAAUGUUCAUCAUGUCAAAA